CAAUAGUUUGGCGAUAGACUUCGGGUGUUCCUGUGUUGGAUUUUGCGAGACUUCACCGAUCGACCUGUGUGGUUGGAUGAAGUGAGACGUCGUCGCCAGGAUGAAACCGUUGCUCCAUCAGUGCUGUGCUGUGAUAUUAGUCCUACUAACGCUGGGAUGUGAUCCAACUCGAUCGUACAAAAUUUUAGGCCUGUUCCCGCACCCGGGCGCCAGCCAUUUCCAAUUCUUCGAGCCGGUUCUCAAAGGAUUGGCGGCGGCCGGGCACGAGGUAACGGUCGUGAGCCACUUCCCGAACGCCAACCCACCGCCCAACUAUACGGACAUCCCACUGGAGGGCAUGAAGUCGCUAUCGAACUCGGUUAGCUUUGAGCUCUUCGAGUACCGGCCGGCCUUUUCGCACUUUAUGGAAUUCUUCAUGCUGUACGACUGGGGCAAGCAAGCCUGUGAUAAUGCACUGAACUCGGCCGCCAUCAAGCAGGUGCUGGAAUCCAAAGUCCAAUACGAUCUGGUACUGGUGGAACAGUUCAACAACGAUUGUAUGCUCGGUGUGGUCCAUAUGCUGAAUGCCCCCUUCAUCGGGUUGAGCAGUUGUCCGUUGAUGCCGUGGCAUUACGAUCGGGUCGGUAACCCGAUCAAUCCAUCCUACAUCCCGUCGCUGUUCAUGGGCUACUCGGAGAAGAUGACCUUCUCCCAGCGAACGGCCAACUUCAUCACGGCCUAUGCCUUCAAGUUCAUGUACAGUUGGUUCAACGACAAUGCCGCUAAUGCCAUGCUGAGACAACGCUUCGGAGACAGCAUGCCGGAUAUUAAGGACCUGCAGAAGCGAACCAGUAUGAUGUUCGUCAAUCAGCACUACUCGUUGAGCGGACCCAAACCUCUGACGCCGGCUGUGGCCGAAAUUGGAGGAGUUCACAUUCAGGAUUUCAAAGAACUUGACCCCGAACUGAAGCAGCUACUCGAUACAGCCGAUCAUGGUGUGAUCUACAUCAGCUGGGGUUCCAUGAUUCGGGCGGAAACGCUUCCGGAUGACAAACGAAAUGCACUCCUCAGUGCACUGGGCUCGCUCAAGCAACGAGUCAUCUGGAAGUGGGAGAACGAAACCCUACCGAAUCAGCCGUCCAACGUGUACAUAAGGAAGUGGCUGCCACAGAAGGAAAUUCUAUGUCAUCCAAAGGUUCGUGUCUUCAUGAGCCACGGUGGACUGCUAGGAAGUUCCGAAACUGCCUACUGUGGCGUUCCGGUGGUCGCCACUCCCAUGUAUGGAGAUCAGUACAAUAACGCUGCCGCCCUGGCACACCGAGGAAUGGGCGUCGUUCUGCCGUACGAACAAAUCACCCGCGAUACGGUGUUCGAAUCGCUGAAGAAGGCCCUCGAGCCGGCUACGAUGGAGAAUGCCAAGCAGGUUUCAUUCUCCUACCGUAACCGACCGAUGAGCCCGGUCCAGACGGCGGUCUGGUGGUGCGAGCACGUGGUAGCCACCGGAGGCCUUCCGCUGGCCAAAUCCUACUCAACCGAACUGCCGUGGUACGUGUACCAUAUGCUGGAUGUGAACUUUGCUUUGCACGCGUUCAACUUUGUGUACCACCUGUGCUGGUUCUGGUUGAUCAAGCGUAUUUGUUGUCGGGGUGUUUCCGCUUUCAGUGAGCCGAAAGUCAAAACCAACUAGGGUAAAAACCCUUGUUCGAAUAUAUCGAAACGUUGUAGACUGUAAUAUUAGUGUUAAGAUAGCUGUCAAAUGUACCUCUAAUGCACAUGUUCAUUAAGAAAGAUUAAGCAGAAUAUUUUUUUUUACCGUGUAAGUUUUCGGAUUCAAUAAAACAACGUUUCGUAUUGUAGUCAACUAUCACCGGUGUUAUAAAAAAAUUUAUUAAAAAAAAUAUCUGUAGCUAGUGUACAAAAAUCACCACAUUUUAAAAAUGCCACGACGGAACCAAAAUAAAUGGAAAAAUACAUGUUGCAUUUCAUCAUCUUUUAAUUUUUUACUGAUAUACUAACAACCAAAACUAGUUUACAGUUUUGCCCGGAGUUCCUCGAUGCGGGAAUUUGCACGCUUCUGCAGAUCCACCAACUUCAUGGCCAGGCCCAU